CUGCCUUCUAGCUCGAUAAUGAGAUAGGUGGUAGGUGUUUUAUCAGUCGCCGCGGUGCCCUGAAACUGGAUUACUGUGUUGUCGACGAGCGGCGAGGGCGCAUCAGUCGUUUCGGUGCUUGCGCGAACAUGUUCGCGGGCGAUCGGUUAUCCUCGAGGCGGUCGUGCAAACCAAUUUGAUCUUGUUCGUACGGCGGUGGUGCUGCGACCUGCGAGACUGGACGCGUGACCCGCGAACGGGUUACGACGUGGAGAGCGUGCCGAGAUGGGAAGCGCAAAGUCGAAGAGCGAGAACGGUUCGCGAUGGAGAAAGAGCGGCAACAAGCGUGCUACCGUCGACAGGACGGGCUUGCAGGAGAGCGAGUACGAGGACGUCGAGCUUCUGCGGCUCAGGAAGAUGAUCCAGAACUAUCCGGAGAGCUUCGUGCUGAACAAUCUGAUGAUGUGCGUCCAGUUCUUCAAGAAUUACGAAGAGGAGAUCGAGAACAUGAAGGAAACGCUGGUGUCGUCGCGCGAGACGAAAGUGAACAAAGGCCUGCCGCCGCAGAAACGCGCCCUUCUGCCGGACGUUCUGCAGGAGCACGUCGCGACAAACGUCAGAUUCACGUCGACCAGGCAGACGGUACGACCUACCACCGAGCCGCUUCAACCUGUGCGGAUCUACACGGUGUACGACAACGUGGAGAUCACGGAGGAGAACUUGCAGUCGCAUUACAGCAACAUGAACGACUCGGCCAUGUACAAUGUACUGUUGCAGACCACGAAGCACGAUGGCUACAUUCAGCUGCAGCUGAUCGAGGAACUCGGCAAGGCGGCGAACAAAAGGAGAGAGGAAGAUCUGUCGUCGAUCGCGGAGAACGACGACGAGUUCGGGAGCGACAGCGACAGCAUUUACUGCAUGAAGCCGCCCGCGGACGUGGCUGUGCUUCGAAGGUCGAAACAAGGGAGACAGAAGGAUUCGAGGGGUGUCAGAGAACGGUUCGCGAGAUCUAUGCCUAACCUGCCUUUGGACGAGCAAGAGGAGGAGGAGGAGGAGGAGGAGGAUCGGACGGAAGAGGAGAAUUUGUACAAAAACGGUGGCGAAGCGAGCCGAUCGAAUCACAACUUGCGGAGCACGACCGAUUCCAGCGGCGAGAACGGUUCCUCCUCGUUCGAGAAGCAAAGGUAUCCGGCGCAGGGUUCGGCGAAAGGUCACCACCGCUCGGAUAAACAGACGCCGCGUGCGAAAGGGGCCGUGAAUCAAAGUCACACGAGCAGCCUGAGCUCCGGCUACCGUUCGGACAAUUACGCGAUGACCAGCGACAGCAGCGGCAAUCGUAGCCAGAAGUCGAGCCUGAAGUCGAGCCAGAGGCUCGAGCAGAGUUCGACCGACGAGGGCAUAGACGAAAGUUGGAUAAAGAAAGCGGUCCUGCCGAGGAGCUGCUUCAAACAGGUGACGUUCAUGGCGGACGGGAAGCUGUACGACAAAGAGACGGAGAAGAAGCGUACGGCGAACAGCAAGGAACGGAGACUGAGGGAGGCGAUGAAGCGGCACAACUACGAUCUGUUUUUCGCGAGCAGCGCCGAGUUCAUGCUGCACUUCACGAAAAUGUUCACGCAUCGGCUGGCCGACUGUCUGGGCUUCGACAAGGAAUCGGUGGACGACAUCCGGCGGGAGGGUUGCGUGAUCCACUGCGACAAAGUGAUGGUCUCGAAGCAGUUGAAGCAGAGCCGCGUCGAGCAGUACGAGAUCAUGCCCGCGAUGUGGAUGCAGUGGCCGACCUGCGCGCUCGAAUGGCUGGAUCGGCCGCGGAACACUUGGCCCGAUCCCAACGACAUCGAGACGAUCAAGCUGUCCGGGUGCUACGUCGUCCCGGAGGGUUACGUGGUGUCGGAGAAACGGAACAAGCAAAAUCUCGGGGACGAUCUCGAGUGGCAGCUCACGUUCCCGACCGCGGAACGAUAUCUCGAGACCUGCAUGACGCACGCCCAAGUCCAAGUGUAUCUGAUCGCGCUUUUGCUGCACAAGACCUUCAUCCGGCCCGUUCUGGACACCAUGGACGGCCUGACCACCGCGCACAUCAGGCACAAGUUCUUCUGGCUGAUGGAGGAGAUGGCCAACCCGUCGAGAUGGUCGUUCACCAGAACGGGCGACGGUCUGGUCACGUUUCUCGACACCGUCUACCACGGGAUGAGCCAGUACGAGCCGAUCCUCAGGGACUACUUCGUCAGGGGCAGGAAUCUCCUUCAACGGAUACCGUGCGACCACCUGUUGUACUCGCAGAAACAACUGAAACGCAUCAUCGAGAACCCGGUCAUGUACGUUUUCCACGCGAUGGAGAACAUCCGGUUCGACAAGGACUUUUAUCCGCGGCUGGACUUCAACAAGCUGCUGAACAUAUUGACCGGGAACGAGUUGACCGUGAUGAAUCCGGCGCUGGCGUUGCAGGUGAUGAAGUCGGCGCCGACACAACAACGUCACAAGGACGAUCAGAAAUACGUCACGAACGAAUUCUGGCAGACCGCCAGGGAUCGAGAACCGAAACCGGUCAUCACCAAGGUGGUCACGAACAAGACCUUGAUCAACCCGCGCAAAGCACCGGAUGCUAUCAUCGAAAUCUCGAUACGCUGUGCCGAGCUGGAAGGUCCGAGGUUGUGCGCUCUGCUAGAUUUCUUUAUAGAACAUUUCAUUAAAAUGGCCGAGAGAUGCAAUCAGUACGGAGCUGUUGACCAGAAAACCCUGUAUCUCGAUCACGCGGGACGACUGUCCUCGCUGCUCUUCGAGCAUCAACGGUACAGAAACAACGCUAGGAACCAUCGGGACAAGAUCAACGUUCUUCGCAAGAAGGCGGCCCGGUCACAAUCUCAGGCGGACGAUCCGCCCGAAACGCCCAUGAGAAAUCAGGAAGCCGCGGCGUUCGUGGCGCCGUUGAAGAGCCGAUUCUCGCGGGAUCCCGAGGCUCGCGACGCGGCGACGUCGUCGUCGGGAACGGAAAACGAUGCUGGAAACACCACCGCGGCCGUGGUCCACGAGACGCGUUACGGCAAAUCGAAACUGCGGGCUGCGAUCGAUCCAAAGAACAAGACGAAUCGAACCUUGCCGACCGGCGAAACGAGCGACGACACCAUCCACCGUGUCAAGUUUCUGGAUAAUGCCGCAGCGUCAUCGAACGUAUGAGCGUAUCGACGACCGAAAUCUCUCCGUCGUUAUCGACGCGUCACGGCGUAGAGUUUUCCUGUCCGACCAGCUCGAUUUAUCCCGCCAAUAAAUCCGAAUUAUACUCGUGAAAGACUGAACGCGUUUCGUUAUUCCGCGGAGUUCUCCAGCGGAGAGCGUGUCACCCGUUCGAAAGCACAGACAAUUCAUUCGUUUGUAACACGCGAUCAUCCAUGUACAGACAAAUGUGUGUUUAAAUAUAGAUUACGUUUGUAAGGAUAGA